CACGCGCUCGGUCACAACAAAGAUGGCGGCGGUGAGGAGCUGCGGAGCGUUUGCUUUUUAUUUAUUUGUCCUGCUUUUAGUUUCGAGUGAAAUUCAAAGUGUUUUCAGAGGAGACUCUUUCAGGAGGAAGCUGUCGGUGGAGCUGAACCCCGGCCGGCCCGCCCCCCCGCCUCCUGGUGGCGACCUGCUGCAUGUGAGAGCCGUGGGACUCAACGACACGCUGCACUUCCUGUUCUGCAGCCAGGGGGCGCCAACGCUGCUGCUCGUCCACACCAACUCUUCUUCUUCUACUGUGGAGGUCGACUGGCCUCAGUUUUUGAUGCGAAAUGUCAGCGGCAGCCUGAGGGUGGAGCCAGAGAGCAGCAUCCUGCAGAGCAACGCCAUCGUGUUCAGCAGACUGUUGGAGUACGAUGAUGUGAACGACACGGCCAACGCGAACUCUGACCUCUUCCCGCCCUACGACCUUCAGGACUUCACCUGGGCGCCUCUCAACCUGUCGGGAGAUAGCGCUUUGCUCUGUGGCGCCGCCGCGACCUUCGCUAACGGCUCGCUGUGCCUGAAGCUGACGGUGUUUGACUCUGAGGGGCGGGACCAGAUAUUGCCCCGCCUCCUCCACUCCGCUAACUCCUCCCAGCUGGAGGUGUGGCUCGAUGGCUUGUUGCCGCGGGCGUCGCGUUCCCGCUUCCUAUUGGAGCUCCAGGCGGUGGGUGGGGCUUAUCCUCUGAGCCGGGUGGAGGUCUGCCGAUCGAUCGAUGACGAGUUCACGCCGACAAUAUUCAAGGUUCUCCAGUGGCUGCCCCCCCUCAACAGAACCUCCCAUGGUUCUGGGUUCCUCCAGUGGAAGCCGGUCUCGUACCACCGGUCCUCCCCCUCGGUGGAGGAGGGUUCUCCGAUGCGGUCCUCCCCCCCCCCGCCCUCAAGAGGCGAGGAGGCGUUCUCCGCUCUGAUCACAGCGUUCUACGCAGAACCAGAAACCUUCGGGAUCAACGUCAGCUUCGGCAUCUCCGGAGAACCGUUCUACAACAGAUCUCGGUUCCUCAGCUGGACGGUGUUACUGGGUGUUGGGACGCCCCCCAUGGACUCCUUCUCCCCGGUGGUCCUCAUCAUGAUGGCGGUGGGUUUAGGAACUCCCAUGAUGCUCCUGGUUCUGGGCGGAGUCUGCAUCUGCAUCAGGAAGGGGGCGUCGGCCUCGAACUACGAGCCAAUCAACUGAGGGCUGGGGCUCAGCCAAUGAGACGACAGAGACAUUUUUUAAAUAUUAACGCGGGAUGACCGACAGCCAAUCAGGAGCCAGGGUGCUCACUUGUCAGUGUUAAACAGAAGAUAAUUAUCCCACCUUUUAUAAGAGUUUUAUAAUGAAUUGUACCUGGAGGGGGGGGGGGGGGGAUGUCUUCUGUAAAUGUGAAGCAGCUUCUCUUGAAUCUGAUCAGACGUUUCAGAUUCAACACUUUGAGUUUUAUUUUAUUUUAUUUAAAGUUCCUGUUAUUUUAUAAUCUCUUGAUGAUGGAAAGUUUGUCUUCAAUAAAAAUCUUUGUUGAAAA